AUGGAAAGACAUAUCAAUGGGACUUUGCAAUCUGCUGCGGAUGCUGUGACAUAUAAGGAGUAUAACGGCACUUAUAAUAGCUCAUAUAAUGAUCAAGGACAUUCCCACUAUAACCCAUUUGAAAUAUCUAUUAUAUCUAUAAUAUAUGGCUUCAUUUUAGUUAUCUGCUGUGUGGGAUUUUUGGGGAAUGGAAUUGUCAUCUGGCUUCUUGGUUUCCACAUUAGGAGGAAACCAUUCACCACCUACAUCCUUAAUUUGGCUGUUGCAGACUUUGCAUUCCUCCUGAGCCUAGAGUUCUUUUAUUCUAUUGAGUAUACUGAAUUUGUAGGAUUGCUACAAUUUUAUAGGAUUGUUCUUUGUCUCUUUGCCUCCACAUACAACACUGGGCAACUUCUUCUGACAGCCAUCAGCAUUGACAGAUGUGUGUCUGUCCUCUUCCCUAUCUGGCAUCGGUGUGCCCGGCCGACACAUUUGUCCACCACUGUGUGUGCCCUCAUAUGGGUCCUCUCCUGUCUGCUCUGCCUAAUCGUCUACAUUCUCCAAGAAACAUAUUUCCGUAUAUCAGAUAACACCUUUCUUUAUAUCCUCAUAGCAUAUUUUCAAUUUCUCUUGACUGGACUGCUUUGCCUCCCACUCAUGACAAUUUCAACUGUGAUCCUUUUCAUCAAAGUCUGUUUUAAAUCACACCCGCGAAAGCGGGGAAGGCUUUUAAUAGUUAUUUUACUUACACUCCUCUUCUUCCUCAUGCUUGCUUUCCCACUCAAUGCCUUUCUUCUUGGUGGAUUUAUUGGCCUGAAUAUUCCCAUUCAACUCCAUUAUGGCUUCUUGUGUGCCUCGCUCAACAGCAGUGUGAACCCCUUCCUCUAUUUUCUGGUGGGGAGGAAGAAGGGAGGUCGAUCUAGGGAGAGCCUAAUGGUCAUCCUCCAGCGGGUUUUGAAUGAGGAGGAGAAUGACAGACAGGAAAUGGACCCUCCUUGUUCCAACCCACUUAGGAACCUUUCAUAA